AUGAAUGGGGUAUUUGCAGUGUAUAAACCGUCAGGCAUUACGUCUGCCAAAUUUAUUGAAACAAUUCAGAGCAAGUUCACCAAAUCAGAAGUAUUUGCUAAAGACUUACAAGAGAUGAAAGACAAAAUAAGAUCGGAUCUUAGUCGUGAUAGAAAAUGGAAACCACACAAAAUUGAGAAAAAAAUUGCCUCGACUAAAGUGAAGAUUGGUCAUGGAGGGACAUUAGAUCCAUUGGCAAGUGGGAUUUUAGUCGUUGGUGUUGGCUUGGGCACGAAAAAACUACAAUACUACCUAGCUGAAUGUCAAAAAACGUAUGAGACAAAAGCGUUGUUGGGGAUAUCUACCACCACGGGGGAUUCAGAAGGGGAAAUUGUUAGCAAAAACAAAAUUGACCACAUUACCCUGGAAUUAAUAGACAGUACUGUGGAAAAAUUUAUUGGUGAUAUUAAACAAACCCCACCCAUUUUCUCAGCAUUAAAAGUCAAUGGAAAACCACUUUAUGAGUAUGCUCGACAAGGAUUGCCAUUGCCCACAAAUAUCAAAGUAAGGGAUGUGACUGUCAAUAGUAUUACCGUUAUCAAAGAAGAUUCAUUGAAAACUGAUCACGAAUUUACAAAGUUGGAAAGUGAGUUAGACGAAAAUGGUGUUCCCAAAGAACACGGAUUGAAAGAUAAUCCAACUUUAAAUGACUCGCCUUUAUUCUUUUCCAAACAAUAUUUGGAAAAAGCUGAAAAAGAAGGUCUACCUAAGGAAACUGGAAAACCAAAAUUGUUACCGGAUGACGAAUCUUUACCCGAGAAAUUGCCUAUGAUUCAUUUCAUCAGUGAUGUGUCAUCUGGUACUUAUAUUAGAAGUUUGAUUAGCGAUAUCGGUAGAGCUAUGGAGUCCAGUGCAUAUAUGGUGGAAUUGAUCAGAACAAAACAAUCUGAAUGGGAGUUGGGUAAAAAUGUUUUCAGACUUGAAGAUUUUGAAAAAGAUGAAAGAAUAUGGGGUCCAGUGUUAAAAAAGGUUUUUGAAAAAGGUGGUUCUGAAAUACAAGACUUGAACAAAGAGUUUGAAGAAAUGUCCAAGACUCUAGAAUCUCUGGUCAAAAAGGAAAAUAAAGAUUCAACUUCAGAAACUAUUCCUCAAAAAAGGUCUAUUGAUGAAGUUGAAAAAUAA